AUGAGCUUUACCCUCCACUCGGUUUUCUUCACCCUAAAGGUGAGCAUCUUUCUGGGCUCCCUGGUUGGGCUCUGCCUGGGUCUGGAGUUCAUGGGUCUCCCCAACCAGUGGGCCCGCUACCUGCGCUGGGACGCAAGCACACGCAGUGACCUGAGCUUUCAGUUCAAGACCAACGUAUCCACUGGGCUGCUCCUGUAUCUGGAUGAUGGUGGUGUCUGUGAUUUCCUCUGCCUCUCUCUGGUGGAUGGCCGAGUUCAGCUCCGCUUUAGCAUGGACUGCGCUGAGACAGCCGUGUUGUCCAACAAGCAGGUGAACGACAGCAGCUGGCACUUCCUCAUGGUGAGCCGCGACCGCCUGCGCACUGGGCUGGUGAUUGAUGGCGAGGGCCAGUCUGGGGAGCUACAACCUCAGAGGCCCUACAUGGAUGUGGUCAGCGACUUGUUCCUCGGUGGCGUCCCUGCUGACAUCCGACCUUCUGCCCUGACCCUCGAUGGCGUACAGAACAUGCCUGGCUUUAAGGGAUUAAUGCUGGAUCUCAAGUACGGCAACUCAGAGCCGCGGCUUCUGGGGAGCCAGGGUGUCCAGUUAGAAGCAGAGGGACCCUGUGGUGAGCGUCCCUGUGAAAAUGGUGGGAUCUGCUUCCUCCUGGAUGGCCAUCCCACCUGUGACUGUUCCACCACUGGCUAUGGCGGCACACUCUGCUCAGAAGAUGUCAGUCAAGGUCCAGGCCUUUCCCACCUUAUGAUGAGUGAACAAGCUCGAGAGGAGAACGUGGCCACUUUCCGAGGCUCAGAGUAUCUGUGCUAUGACCUGUCUCAGAACCCCAUCCAGAGCAGCAGUGACGAAAUCACCCUCUCCUUUAAGACCUGGCAACGCAAUGGGCUCAUCCUACAUACGGGCAAGUCGGCCGACUAUGUUAACCUAGCUCUGAAGGAUGGCGCAGUCUCCUUGGUCAUUAACCUGGGCUCCGGGGCCUUUGAGGCUAUUGUGGAGCCCGUGAAUGGGAAAUUCAACGACAACGCCUGGCACGAUGUCAAAGUGACACGCAAUCUCCGGCAGGUGACAAUCUCUGUGGAUGGUAUCCUUACCACAACGGGUUACACUCAAGAGGACUACACCAUGCUGGGCUCAGAUGACUUCUUCUAUGUUGGCGGAAGCCCAAGUACUGCAGACUUGCCAGGCUCCCCUGUGAGCAACAACUUCAUGGGCUGCCUGAAAGAGGUUGUUUAUAAGAAUAAUGACAUCCGUCUGGAGCUGUCUCGCUUGGCCCGGAUUGGGGACACCAAGAUGAAAAUCUACGGGGAAGUGGUGUUCAAAUGUGAGAAUGUGGCCACGCUGGACCCCAUCAACUUUGAGACCCCGGAGGCUUACAUCAGCUUGCCCAAGUGGAACACCAAACGUAUGGGCUCCAUCUCCUUUGACUUUCGCACCACUGAGCCCAAUGGCCUGAUCCUCUUCACUCACGGGAAACCCCAAGAAAGGAAAGAUGUCCGGAGCCAAAAGAACACAAAAGUUGACUUCUUUGCUGUGGAGCUUCUAGAUGGCAACCUGUAUUUGCUGCUUGACAUGGGCUCAGGCACCAUCAAAGUGAAGGCCACUCAGAAGAAAGCCAAUGAUGGGGAAUGGUACCAUGUGGACAUUCAGCGGGAUGGCAGAUCAGGUACCAUAUCUGUGAACAGCAGGCGCACGCCGUUCACCGCCAGCGGUGAGAGUGAAAUCUUGGACCUGGAGGGCGACAUGUAUCUCGGCGGGCUGCCAGAGAACCGAGCUGGCCUUAUUCUCCCCACGGAACUCUGGACUGCCAUGCUCAACUAUGGCUAUGUGGGCUGCAUCCGGGACCUGUUCAUUGAUGGGCGGAGCAAGAACAUCCGGCAGCUGGCGGAAAUGCAGAAUGCGGCAGGCGUCAAGUCUUCCUGUUCACGAAUGAGCGCCAAGCAGUGUGACAGCUACCCCUGCAAGAACAACGCGGUGUGCAAGGACGGCUGGAACCGCUUCAUUUGCGACUGCACUGGCACUGGCUACUGGGGAAGAACCUGUGAAAGAGAGGCAUCCAUCCUAAGCUAUGAUGGCAGUAUGUACAUGAAGAUCAUCAUGCCCAUGGUGAUGCACACGGAAGCAGAGGAUGUGUCCUUCCGGUUUAUGUCGCAACGAGCCUAUGGGCUGCUGGUAGCCACUACCUCCAGGGACUCUGCGGAUACACUGCGUCUAGAGUUGGAUGGUGGGCGUGUCAAGCUCAUGGUUAACUUAGACUGUAUCAGGAUAAACUGUAACUCCAGCAAAGGACCUGAGACCCUGUACGCAGGUCAGAAGCUCAAUGACAAUGAGUGGCACACCGUCCGGGUGGUGCGGAGAGGAAAAAGCCUUAAGCUAACAGUGGAUGAUGACGUGGCCGAGGGUACCAUGGUGGGAGACCACACCCGCCUGGAGUUCCACAAUAUUGAGACCGGUAUCAUUGACGGAGAGCGUUACCUCUCUGUGGUCCCUUCCAGUUUCAUUGGCCAUUUCAGGAGCCUCAUGUUCAAUGGCUUGCUCUACAUUGAUUUGUGCAAAAAUGGGGACAUUGACUACUGUGAACUGAAGGCUCGUUUUGGGCUGAGGAACAUCAUCGCUGACCCUGUCACUUUCAAGACCAAAAGCAGCUACUUGACCCUUGCCACCCUCCAGGCCUACACCUCCAUGCACCUCUUUUUCCAGUUCAAGACCACUUCAGCUGACGGCUUCAUUCUUUUCAAUAGUGGCGAUGGCAAUGACUUCAUUGCAGUUGAGCUGGUCAAGGGGUACAUACACUAUGUGUUUGAUCUUGGCAAUGGUCCCAAUGUGAUCAAAGGCAACAGUGACCGCCCCCUGAAUGACAACCAGUGGCACAAUGUUGUCAUCACUCGGGACAACAGCAAUACCCACAGCCUGAAAGUCGACACCAAGGUAGUCACUCAGGUCAUCAAUGGUGCCAAAAAUCUGGAUUUGAAAGGUGAUCUCUACAUGGCUGGCUUAGCUCAGGGCAUGUACAGCAACCUUCCGAAGCUCGUGGCCUCCCGGGAUGGAUUUCAGGGCUGUCUGGCCUCUGUAGACUUGAACGGGCGCCUGCCUGAUCUCAUCAAUGACGCUCUCCACAAGAGCGGGCAGAUUGAGCGCGGCUGUGAAGGACCCAGUACAACAUGUCAGGAGGAUUCAUGUGCCAACCAAGGCGUUUGCAUGCAGCAAUGGGAAGGCUUCACCUGUGACUGCUCGAUGACAUCAUACUCGGGAAACCAGUGCAAUGACCCUGGUGCCACGUACAUCUUUGGGAAAAGCGGUGGCCUCAUCCUCUACACCUGGCCAGCGAAUGACAGACCCAGCACACGCUCUGACCGCCUGGCUGUGGGCUUCAGCACCACUGUGAAGGAUGGCAUCUUGGUGCGCAUUGACAGCGCCCCAGGACUUGGAGACUUCCUCCAGCUUCACAUAGAACAAGGGAAAAUUGGAGUUGUCUUCAAUAUCGGCACUGUGGACAUCUCCAUCAAAGAAGAGAGAACCCCUGUCAAUGACGGCAAAUAUCACGUGGUGCGCUUUACCAGAAAUGGCGGCAACGCCACACUUCAGGUGGACAACUGGCCAGUGAAUGAACAUUAUCCUACAGGCAACACUGAUAAUGAACGCCUCCAAAUGGUAAAACAGAAAAUCCCCUUCAAAUAUAACCGGCCUGUAGAGGAGUGGCUGCAGGAGAAAGGCCGGCAGUUAACCAUCUUCAACACCCAGGCUCAAAUAGCCAUUGGAGGAAAGGACAAAGGACGCCUCUUCCAAGGCCAACUCUCUGGGCUCUAUUAUGAUGGUUUGAAAGUACUGAACAUGGCCGCUGAGAACAACCCUAAUAUUAGAAUCAAUGGAAGUGUUCGGCUAGUGGGAGAAGUCCCAUCAGUCUCGGGAACAACACAGACGACCUCCAUGCCCCCUGAAAUGUCUACCACUGUCAUGGAAACCACCACCACCAUGGCUACAACUACCACCCGCAAGAACCGCUCUACAGCCAGCAUUCAGCCAACAUCAGAUGACCUUGUUUCAUCUGCUGAAUGUUCAAGUGAUGACGAAGACUUUGUCGAGUGUGAACCGAGUACAGAUAAGAGUCUUUCCACUUCAAUCUUCGAAGGUGGCUACAAAGCACAUGCGCCCAAGUGGGAAUCCAAGGACUUUAGACCUAACAAAGUCUCGGAAACUAGUAGAACUACAACCACAUCUUUGUCCCCUGAGCUGAUCCGCUUCACAGCGUCCUCCUCGUCUGGGAUGGUGCCCAAAUUGCCAGCUGGCAAAAUGAAUAACCGUGAUCUCAAACCCCAGCCUGAUAUAGUCUUGCUUCCGUUGCCCACUGCCUAUGAGCUAGACAGCACCAAACUGAAGAGCCCACUAAUUACUUCCCCCAUGUUCCGUAAUGUGCCCACAGCAAACCCCACGGAGCCAGGAAUCAGACGGGUUCCGGGGGCCUCAGAGGUGAUCCGGGAGUCCAGCAGUACAACAGGGAUGGUCGUCGGCAUUGUGGCUGCUGCCGCCCUCUGCAUCUUGAUCCUCCUGUACGCCAUGUACAAGUACAGGAACAGGGACGAGGGGUCCUAUCAAGUGGAUGAGACGAGGAACUACAUCAGCAACUCGGCCCAGAGCAACGGCACGCUCAUGAAGGAGAAGCAAGCCAGCUCCAAGAGCGGCCAUAAGAAACAAAAAAACAAAGACAAGGAGUAUUAUGUGUAAACAUAACGCCUAUCGUAUGUGAAUUUCAAACAGAUUUAUAUACACACACCUGAGUACUUUGACAAUGAGACUUAACUUGUCAGAUGUGUUCUGUGAGACGGGGUACACCACGACUAU